AUGAGCUCUUUCACCUUCGACAAGCAUGCGCCCAGUGCAGGUUGGCAAGGUGAUACCAAUAGCGCACUUCCCACUCAGAUGAGCACCUCGCUGCAUAGCUGGAGCAUGCAGGAUACCAACUUCAAUGGCUGUUUCUCUCACGGCACUUCAUCUUUAGAGGAUGACGCCGGCUUCGACAAUCACUGUGACACGAGCACAUCGGAGGUGACACUCAUACAACCAGGCAAAAUCCACACACGAAUGUGA